CGUCCUGGUCCUCAGAAGCGUCAGCAGCCCUCUACAGCAUCAGUGGACCCAGCCUUAGGUAACCCGGCUCUAAGUUCUUCACACUGAUGUCUUUGGGGGAGUGAGCAGACAGGCGUGGGAACCAGGUCACGCCACAAUGUCGGACACGGAAGAACAAGAUUACGAGGAGGAGCAGGCAGAAGAUGAGGAGGCGGUGGAGGAGGAAGCCCCCGAGGAGCCGGAGCCGGUGGCAGAGCGAGAAGAAGAGCGCCCCAAACCCAGCCGUCCCGUGGUGCCUCCUUUGAUCCCCCCAAAGAUUCCAGAGGGCGAGCGCGUGGACUUUGAUGACAUCCACCGGAAGCGCAUGGAAAAAGACUUACUGGAGCUGCAGACUCUGAUUGACGUGCAUUUCGAGCAGCGGAAAAAGGAGGAGGAGGAACUCAUUGCGCUGAAAGAUCGCAUCGAGAGGCGUCGCGCAGAGAGAGCUGAGCAGCAGCGAUUCAGAACCGAAAAGGAGCGAGAGCGGCAGGCCAAGCUGGCGGAAGAGAAGAUGCGGAAGGAGGAGGAGGAAGCCAAGAAGCGGGCAGAGGAUGAUGCCAAGAAGAAGAAGGUCCUGUCCAACAUGGGGGCUCAUUUUGGGGGCUACCUGGUCAAGGCAGAACAGAAACGAGGGAAGCGGCAGACUGGCCGCGAGAUGAAGCUCAGGAUCCUGUCUGAGAGGAAAAAGCCCUUGAACAUCGAUUACAUGGGGGAGGACCAGCUCCGGGAGAAGGCCCAGGAGCUGUCAGAAUGGAUCCACCAGCUGGAGUCCGAGAAAUUUGACCUGAUGGAGAAGUUGAAACAACAGAAAUACGAGAUCAACGUGCUGUACAACCGCAUCAGCCACGCCCAGAAAUUCCGAAAGGGGGCUGGGAAGGGUCGAGUUGGAGGCCGCUGGAAGUGAGACUACCAGGACACCCCACCGUAUGGAGCCUGGGAGCCGCUGGAGUGUGUCCCGCCU